AUGCAAUCAAUUUUUGCGUGGUCGUGUGUCGUACAUGGAAUGUGGUCAUUGAACUAUGUACAAUUUGGCACAGUUUUACCUGCAGCCCACAGAAAAAUAAAUUUGUACGUGCAUACCAGCAUGCAAGCACUGGCAGAGCCCCUGGCCAAACAAAAAUUUGUCGGUGUAAAGGAUGAAAAUGUCGGCGUGAAAAAAAAUCGCACGAUGCACCUGCAACAGACAAACAUUAUUCUCUACAAGCCAUUCCUUCGAGAUAUAUAUAAAUUUGCAAGAUACAUUCAUUUAAAAUUUGAUUUUCCGGACUAUAAAUGA